AUGGAUUCAAUAUCGACAUUCGAGGAAACCUUAGCAUUCCGUCCGAAGAAUGACGGUCCUAUUGAUACGCAUCCCUCCAAAGAGGUCCCUCCCAAGCAACUAUGCGAUCGCUGCGUGAAACUAAACUUGGUGACGCUGCUGUCUCAAGAAACGAAGGACAUCUCCAUUGGCUGUCUAGCGGAAUACGACAACGCGAACUGCCCGUUUUGCGCUAUUGUUUCCCAGUCGGUCGGCUUAACGUGGGGUUCUGAUUGGAAUAUCGAAGAAGUAUGCUCAAAAGCGAAUACAACAGUCCGGCUCUACAUGCGCAGUAAAAGCCCAUUCUCUACCAAAAUAAACGGCCGCACCCAACAUCCAUACCCCCGGCUAUUGCUUGCGAUUGACUGGCAGCCCCCAAAUAUCCAACGCAACAGGGCUCCAAUCAAAGAGGUCGACCGGGUUAAGAAUCGUUUUGUCAUAGCAGAGAUUGAGUCCCUGCCAGAUCCGUUCGGUUGUUCUUCCCUGGGAGGGACACUUCUUCCUCGUCGAGAGGUCGGGGAGCGUAUCGAUGUCGACCUCAUACAACGGUGGCUUGAGGAAUGCAAAAGGCAUAAACAUUCGUCGAAGUCUUUCCACCGAAAAUGUGACUUGUUCCAGUCAGAGCAUCCAUUCCGGCUUAUCGAUGUGGUGGACAGAUGUCUAGUGUUGAAGAACGAGAGAUGCGACUAUGUCGCGUUGUCUUAUGUAUGGGGCCCGGUAAAGACUAUCCUUGACAGCGAGCCUGGCACCGCACCCAUCCUUCUCAGUACCAAAAACAAUGCCGAUGAACUCGGUGUACCUCAAGCCCUGCCCCAAACGCAGGAAGCGUUGCACAGAGGCGGCAGAAUCCCCCGUACCGUCCGUGACGCCAUGGAAUUGACCCGUCAGAUUGGCAUGCGCUAUCUCUGGGUUGACACGCUGUGCAUUAUGCAGGAUGAUCCACAGGAUGUAGAUCGAUUGAUCGGCCGUAUGGAUGAUAUCUAUGACCAUGCAGCCGUGACUGCCAUCGCUGCCGCGGGCGCAGACGCAGACGCAGGGCUAUGGGGCAUAAGUCCCCGAUCAGGAUACCCCAUCCAGCCGGAGAGAAUUGCCGCCCCUGAAGGGGGAAGCAUCAGUCUUUCACUAUGUCCGCCCUCACUCUGCGAUGAAGUGCGGAGGCUGAAGUGGAAUACGCGAGGUUGGACCUUCCAGGAACAGUGCCUGUCGCAGCGUGUGCUAUAUUUCGCAACCAACGAGGUUUACUUCAAUUGCUCGGAAGUGCAGUGGAGGGAGGGAUACGACCAUGGCGAGAAGGAAGGCCGUUUCCGCACAGUGGACGUUAGAACGGGGCCACCUAUAUGGAACGGCCAUAUCAGGAAAGACCCGGAUCCCUCCCCGUACCGGUACCUUGGAGACGUGAUAGCACGGAAUCGUGUCCAGAGCUAUCAGGCUGCCGUGCAGGACUAUACGCGCAAGGAGCUCACGAAGCCAUACGAUAUAUUAAAUGCUUUUGAGGGCAUCUUCAAUCGCUUCAGAGAGUCUACAGACAAUUCAAGCCCCACUAUCUGCCAGACCCAGGGAAUCCCGUCCCAGAUUCUCUACCAAAGCAUCCUCUGGUUCCCAUCCAACAAUGCCACGAGACGUCCCCGUAGUAAGCCCGACAAUCGCCUCUCUUCAUGGUCGUGGGCCAGUUGGACAGGUCCUGUUGACUUCGUCUACGCCGAGAGCUACUGGGUUUCCAGAUACAUAUCUCACGCUAUCAAAAAGAAAGCGCCACUCUACGCAGUCAUCACGAGCUGGAUCUUCGGGGAACCAAAAAAGGAGAGUUGGUGCUGGUCCUCUCCUGUAUGGGAGGCUGCAAGCCAGGGAAGCGUGCCCGGCCAGCGCAUUAAGCCCGACGAAGUAGCCCGCGCCAAAGACUAUCUCAAGACUGUUCUCGGGAUAGACGCUAAUGCGCUUCUCUCGAUUUCACGUUUAGUGGCUCCGCCUGUAACGAAACUGUCCUGUGGCGCCUUGGGCUUUGUUGGGGCCUGUCUGUUAUCAACUGAGUUUUGCUUUGUGGACACGAAGAAAGACCACAAGGUCCGACGGCUGGAAGUGGGUAAACAUGAAGGGGAGUUUAGGUUUGAUGAUGGGGUCGAAGUUGUAGACGAGCUUGUUCCUGUUGUUGCUGGUGAGACCAUCACCGGGUCUGGCACGUAUUCGAUUGUGCUCGGCCUUGCUACGGAAUAUGGGGUUUCGAGAAGAGUUGGGAUUGGCUUCGUCUAUUUCUCAAAAGACCCUGAAGUGGCUAGGCCCGAGUGGAGAUACAAAUUCUUCUGUCUUAUAUGA